GUUAGUGACCACGAAACUAAAACCAAAACCAAAACUCGAGCGAGCUUUCACUUCCCCAGGAUCUAACCUGGUACUUAACACUUUCCUGUUUUGUUUUUUCUUCCUUUAUUUCGACCUUUUGUCGUUCAUUUCUUAGACGGUCAUCAAAGUUUGAAUCUUUUUACCAUCUGUGUACUAGUCAUAAGCAAUUUUAUGCAGUUUUCCCAUUUGGGUUUCUUGCUUUAAGCCUAAGGUUUUGGUCAAGGAGAUAUUUUUUUUUCCCUUCCUAACGUGUUUGCAGUGUUUAAAUAGCGUUUCCAUGGAAGAAGCACAAUUGUAAGAAUUGUCUGCUUGUAGAAUUUCAGAAUUCACGGUGACCCUUUAUGAGAACAUGGUUGGUGAAAGAGAAACCCUCGAGGAGCCUGUAGAAAGGGAGGGUUCUUUGGUUGGGGAUGGGAAGGACUUGGGGGUUUUGGGUUCUGAUUUGUCCAUAGAAGAUGGUGUUGUUUGUAAUCUUGUGGGUGAUGCUGAGCUGAAUGAUGAUGUGGGUUUUGAUGGAUCAGAAGAGGAGGGUAAAAGGGUGAAUCCUACAGAUGGAUGGACUACUGGGGAUGUUGGUGAGAGUUCUCAAGUUGGGAGAUCCUUAGAAGGUAAGAGUGAGAAUGAUGCUGCUGAAUUAGAGGGAAAUGAUGUCUCCUUGAAAACAUUGGAUGAGCGGAAGAACAUUGAUGACAAGGAGGUGAAUGAAUUACUGGAGAAGGAAGCAAUUAGCGAUGCUAUUCAGGUUGAGUCAGAUGUUAGGCAAAGCAUUGAAGAGCAAGCUGGAGUUUCUGAGCAGGUUGGUUCACGUGGAGAGAAGGAAAUUGAAGGUGAAAAAUUUGAUGAUGCUGAACGGCAAAAACCAACAGGUGGAAAAGUCACAAAGCAUAUGUCACAUGAGAGUUCACAAAACAUUCUUCAGGCAAGUUAUCAGCUGCCACAGGAAAAAGGUGAGUUUUCUGUGUAUGAUAUGGUUUGGGGCAAGGUGAAAAGCCAUCCAUGGUGGCCGGCGCAGAUAUUUGAUCCCGUGGAUGCUUCUGUGGAGGCAAAGAAGCAUUUAAAAAAGGAUCGCUAUUUGGUUGCGUAUUUUGGGGAUAGAACAUUUGCCUGGAAUGAAUCAUCUCAGCUAAAGCCCUUUAGGACUCAUUUCUCUCAUAUUGUAAAGCAGAGUAAUUCAGAUGCAUUUCAGAAUGCUGUUGAUUGUGCCUUCGAUGAAGUCACAAGACGUGUAGAAUUUGGGUUAGCAUGUUCCUGCGUACCUAAAGAUACUUAUGACAAGAUUAAACUUCAGAUUGUUGAAAACACUGGGAUUCAACAAGAACUUAGCGUCACACGCAGAGUGGAUGAAUCUUUAAAUGUUAGUUCCUUUUCACCUGAGAACCUUUUGGAAUACUUGAAAAGUCUAUCCGAGUUUCCAACUGGUGGAUUUGAUCGAUUGGAGCUUUUAGUUGCUAAGGCUCAGUUGCUUGCUUUCUAUCGUUUAAAGGGUUACUCUUCCUUGCCUGAGUUACAAUAUUGUGGAGGUUUGGAUAAUGAUACUGGUGCCUUAAUUAAGGAUGCUGAUAAAAAAUUGAGUGAAGUUAAUAAGCAUGCAACUCACAUGAGUAAAAGUGAUGGUCAAACUGGAGCUGGAAAUUUGAAGACAACAAAUAGCUCCUAUCGCAAACGCAAGCAUAAUUUGAAAGAUGAUACGUAUUCUGAAAAGAAGAAAAGAAGCUUGUCAGAACCAGCAGGUGGGACUCCGGAUUCUACAAAGGGUGGUUAUCGGUCAGGUGAGGACACUGAUAAUCUGAUUCAUCCUACCUCUUCCAAGAAAAGAAGGACUAUUGAUCACUAUGCUGGUGUUUCAGGGAUGAAAGAUCGGAGAAAAACAAUUUCCCUUGCUAAAGUUUCAAAUACCACAAAACAAUCAUUUAAAAUUGGUGAAUGUAUUCGUAGGGUUGCUAGUCAACUUACUGGGCCACCCUCUUUGAAGUGUUCUGGAGACAGGUCUCAAAUGGAAGAUGGAAGUGCUGAUGGUGUUGCAGGAAAUGGAUCCAAUGUCCUCUCCCCUAAUCUUGAGAAGACUCAGAAGUCAAGCUUGAUUGUUCCAACAGAAUAUUCAUCUCUAGAUGAUUUGCUACAUUUGCUUCAGUGGGUAGCACAAGAACCCCGGGGAGAUUAUAGUUCUUUGAAUGUUAUAGUGAGCUUCUUCUCUGAUUUCAGGAAUUCAAUAAUUGUGGCCAAUGAGUCUGGAAAAGAAAUUUCACCUACAAAUAAAGUUGGCAUUACUAAAAGGAAGAAACGACCUGUGGCUGGAUCACCUGAAACGUUUGAAUCUGAUGAUCUGAGCGACACAUAUUUGAUUGACAUGGUCAUCCAGAGUCGUUCUGUAAAACAGAAGUCACAGAGAAGCAGCAAAAGAGACUACCAACAUGCCCCAGCUCAGCCAGAAAAACCUGUUAUAGUUUAUACUCGAAGGUCUAGGUCUUAUUCCAAGAAACAAUGUUCUGACAGCAAUCUUGUUGAGGUUCCUGAAAAACCUUCUGGCUGUGUAGAUAAGAAUUCCCCAGCUGAACUUGUUUUGGAAUUUGCUGAGCUGGAUUCUGUUCCCUCAGAAAUGAGCUUAAAUAAGUCUUUUAGGCGAUUUGGAUCUCUAAAUGAAUCUGAAACAGAAGUUGAUAGAGGGAGCAGCCAGGCUAGAGUGGUUUUUAAGAAGUAUGCCGAUGCAGAGAUUGCUUUCAGUAGUGCUAAAAAAAUCAACAUAUUUGGACCAGUUCUUGUAAAUUACAAGCUUAACCAUAUUCCGAGUACAUUAUUCAAAGCUUCAUCUUGCACCACAACUCAGGACCAUGAGAAUGGAGAUGCAUCAUGAUCUCUCCAAUUCUGAACUUAAUAUGGUCUACUUGUUUGGUCAUAAAUAUUGUAGUACCAGUUGAAUGUUUUUUUGGAAGCAUGUCAGCUGACCCACAAUCUAGAACAGGAGGAGGAUGUUUGCAGACAUACCCACCACUUCAAGGCAAACGGAAAUGAAUACGCAGCAACAAUCUGAGGUUGCGGAAGAAAUAAAUAUGGAAAAGAAAACAAGGGUAUUACUUACUAGAGCAAAUUUUAUUGGUGAUUUUUAGCUAUCGUGCUACCAAUACAUUAUCUGUUAGCUCAUUUUACUUAGAUAUAUGUGUCAUUACAAAAUGAAACUUUUCGGUCACGGAGUAGUGGUAUCAGAAACAUUGGAUAUAUCCAUUUUGACAUUCAAUUGUAUGUUGUCUUAAAAAUGUUGAUAAGUAAACAGUUGUUUCUGUAGUAGGCACAGAAAAUUGAUUUCAUUCUUUUCCUUGGGUUAGCUAGUCUGUGGCCUCCUAAUUUAAUUGUCACUGUAAAGAGUUGAAAAUACUGAAAACUUUGGUAUUCGUAGGA